AUGAAGACGGCUGGAGAACCAUCGCCGCGGGUGGCGAGCCGCCGCCUCACGCGACGGGCAGCAGCCGUGGUUCAAAACACGUACGCUAGCAAGGUUGCCGCGGCCUUCCAUUUUGAGACGACGCUCAACGACCCGACGGUGACGCAUUGGCUGCUACCGCCCGUGCCCGACGAGACGUUCCGCGCGUGGACGGCGCGGAACCUCGAGCAAGCGCCGCUGUGUCGCCUCAACGACGCGCUCCUUGUCGUGCUGAGCUUUGUCAUGGUCGAGUUCUUCAUGUACACCAAUUGGUCGGGCUACAGCAUCGACGUCGAGCCCGCCAUAACGAGUGCGUACAAGUUCACAGCGAUCGGAGUGCUCUUUACCAUCGAUUAUGUGCUACGGUUUUAUGCGGCGCCGCUACGCCUCGAGUACAUGACGAGCUUCUUUGCGAUCGUCGAUGUCAUUGGCAUUUGCUCCACGUGGAUCGAGUUUGGGCUCUCGGUCAUGCAGAACAGCAGCGAGUCGAAGAACGUCGUGCUGCAGCUCCGCGCGAGCGAUGUCGGCCGUCAACUGCUCUCGCUCUUGCAAGUGAUGAAGUCGAUGCGCAUCUUGCGCGCGUAUCGUCUCUUGCGUUUUACAUCGUCGAUUGUUCAGCGCCAGAUCAUGGCGACGCUCCUUACGGUCGUGUGCAUGAUCAUCGCGCUCGCCGGCGUGCUCCAGAUCCUCGAAGUGUGCCCCGCACCCUGGCUCUGCGAAUCCCCCGCGUGCUCGACCCCAUACAACGACAUUUGCCUCAAAGACUGCCCCAACCCGCAGUGCUGCAGCCAGUGCACCGACUACCGGUUCUUCGACUGGAUCUACUUUGUUGUGGUGUCGAUCAUGACGGUGGGCUACGGAGAUAUCUCGCCGCAGACGCGCAUGGGUCGCCUCGGUGUCGCGACGCUCAUUCUACUCACGUUUGUGCUCGUGCCACUGCAAGUCAACAAGCUCGUCUCCGUCAUCUCUUCGCAUUCGGACUACACCAAAGCGUACAGCAAGACCGAAGACAGCCAUGCCGUCAUCACGGCCUGCGAUUUGGACGCGAAUGCGCUCGCGGCCUUUUUACGACAAUUCUUCCACGCGGACAAUCGGCGUUGGAACGAACAAAUUGUGAUUCUACACCCGAAAGAGCCGAGUGCCGAAAUCACCAAGCUCAUCCAUUUGUACGAACCGCGCGUGACGUACAUUGUCGGGUCGGCCAUGCGCGAGACCGACUUGCGCCGCGCAUCCGUCCAUCGCAGUGCCAUGUGCUUUGUCUUUACGUGCAUGAACAACCCGUUUGAAAAAACAGACCAGAUGAACUCGAUCUUGACCAAUGCGUUCCGGAGCUUCAACCCGCGCGUACCGAUCUUCACCCAAGUGAUUUUAUCGCGCAACAUCUCGCACUGUCACAUUUCCGGCGCGAACAGCGUCAUUUGCGUCGAGAAGCUCAAGAUGACGCUACUCGCCAAGAGCUGCGACAUCAUGGGCCUCUCGACCCUCAUCUCGAACCUCCUCGACACGAUUGCGAUUCCCAACAAGAAACAUGACCGGUCGUGGGUCUCGGCGUACCUCAACGGCUGCGCCAACAAGGUUUUCAGCGUCGACAUUCCACGCACGUAUUCGGGCUUGACGUUUAGCGAGCUCGUUCUCUUUCUCUACAACAACUUGCAGAUCAUCCCGAUCGCGCUCAUUGCGGAUGCCAGUGUGCGCAUGAUCCCAAUGGACUUCAAGUUGGGCACGACCGCCGACCCCAACACGUGCUGCACCUUGUAUGUAAUUGCUGCGUCGCUCGAAGCCCUCGACGGCAUUGGACGCUACCAGCACGAAGAGAUUCGCGUUUUUCGCCAAACGCUGCGCAAGAUGGAGCGCGAUCGCCAGCUGCGCGCCGAGAAGAAGCUGCUCGAGAGCGGGGGGGUCCCCCCGACGCUGACCCCCGACGUGGUUGCAAGUGCGUCCUUGUCGCGCCGCCACACGCGCAAGGCAUCGACACUCUCGCCGGGGGUGAGUCGAUUUGCACCCGGCGGCCAACGCGCGUCCAUUAAUGACUCGUCUGCGUACUACGAAGACUUUGUGACACGGCCGCUUCCGAAUACGUUCGAGGACCACAUUGUGCUCAUCGGCGUGCCGUCGGCGCUCCAUGACCUUUUGAUUCCGUUGCACCACACGCUCGCCCAGUCCCGGCUUGUGGUCAUUUUGGCGCCCAAACCACCCACAAAAGAACAGUACCACGAAAGCAUCCAGAAACACCGGUUCCAGAACGUCUACUACUGCCAAGGGUCGCCGUUAAACUCCAUGGACCUGGUUCGCGCCGGCGUCCCGUCGGCCGCCUCGGUGCUUGUGCUGUCGUCAGCCGCCGGCACAAAAUCGUUUUUCGAUGAAAACAUGGUCGACGCCGACGCGAUCACGUGCGUGCGCUUCAUCCUCGAGGGCAGCUACCUCAUCGGGAAGCGGCCGCCCAACUUGAUUGUCGAGCUCGUCAAGCACACGAACGUUAAGUUCUUGAGCUCGAUCGUCAAAUCCCAGAACGUGCGCACGCGCCGCAUCUCGCACUUGGUCGGCCUCGGUCCGACGCGCCUUGAUAAGCUCGUGCCGCCUAAUGACGACGCGUCCGAAAACGACGAAACCGAUUUGGUCGAACUCGUGCAUCUCUGCCAGCCAGCCUACGCGUCAGGUCGGGUGUACGUCAGUGGCCUCAUCGAGAGCUUGAUGAGCGAGUGCUAUCAAAAACCGCACCUCUCGACCGUCCUCGACGCCCUCCUCCACGGCAGCGAUUACGAAGGACAAAAGCGAAGCUUGUUUCAAGUGCCCUGCCCCAAGCCCCUCGUCGGCAAGUCGUUUGGCGAGUGUUUCCGGAAGCUUUUGAACGUGCACUUUGUGUGCAUUGGCUGCUGGCACCCCGAAAAGUCCAACGAGAACAACGACGCGGUCACGCCAGCGUACGUCGAGACCAACCCCGAGACCGACACGCGCAUGCGCGAGCUCGACCGACUCUACUUGAUUGGUUGUCCGACGCAAGACAUUCCGCUUUGA